AUGGAGGCAGCAAUCCACCUUUUGUCUAAGUUCAUUGAUGAUCACGGUCAAGAUCCAAGUCUUUGUUGCAUAAAGAUAGACAUGUUCAAUGCUUUCAACAACUGUUUUAGAGACUCGUUUCUGCUCCGUCUACGGAAAGAACUUCCUGAAAUAUAUUCUUGGGCACUGUGGUGCUACUACUCUAAGGGAGAGCUUCGUUUUGGAAACCAUCGCCUUCAAUCAUCAGGUGGAGUUCAACAAGGUGACCCUUUGGGGCCUCUUCUAUUUUCACUUGUGGUUUUGGAAUUGAUGGAUGACAUAGGGUCAGCUGGAAAAGUUCCACUUCAACUUUGGUAUCUUGAUGAUGGUACGUUCAUUGGACCUCGACCUGCAAUUGCUCAACUUUUCCAUCUUCUGCAGUCUAGAGGUCCUUCCGUUGGCCUUCUUUUGAAUCCCACCAAAUGUGAAGUGUUCUGGCCUUCUGGAAAUCAAAAAUUUUCGGAAUUUCCUUCUGAGGUUCAACGCGUUGUUGGGUCAGUGGGUGGUGUAGAGUUUCUUGGAUCUCCAGUCUUUGGAUCAGAAGAGUACUACUGUGGCCACAUCGCUAAACGUGUAGACAAAGUCCUUCAAUGUCAGGAGAAAUUAUUGGAUAUGGAUGAUCCCCAGAUACAGCUGCUACUACUACGAUCUUGUCUAUCCUCUUGCAAGAUCGAUAAUCUGCUGAGAACAGUUCCACCAAACAAAGGUAUCCAGCAACUGGCCAAAUUUGAUUCAAACCUACGGGUAUGUCUUGAUGCCAUCAUUCGAUGUUCCACCUCAGACAUGUCUUGGUUGCAGGCUUCAUUGCCUGUUCGUCAAGGGGGACUAGGCCUACGAGAGGCGGUGAGAAUGUCCUCUUCUGCAUUCAUUGGCAACUGUAACUCCGUUCGGUCAUUAUGUUCUCGUCUUCUACCAACUGCGCCACUUCUGCAGGAGUCAGUGCCCAAUAGUAACUAUUCGUCGCCUGACUUUAGUGCUUUUCCUGGAGAUUCUGCUGCUAAGGAUCAUAUUCGAAGUCUUGUGCCUGACUCGCUUGACACCAUUGAUCUUACUGCCUGCGACAUUCACUAG